UGCCCCCCCAAGGUGGUGAGUACCCGUGUGGGGGGGAUCCCCGAGGUGCUCCCUGAUGACCUCAUCCUGCUGUGUGACCCCACCGUGCGCUCGCUGAGCGACGGGCUGGAGGCCGUGAUUGGCCGGCUGCGGCGCGGCGCCGUGGCCUCGCCCGCCGCCGUGCACGCCCGCGUGAGGAGCCUCUACACCUGGAGGGACGUGGCGGAGCGCACCGAGAAGGUGUAUGACCGGGUGUGUGUGGAGGAGGUCCUCCCGCUGGCCGGCCGGUUGCUCCGCCUCCGGGACCACUGCGGGGGCGUGGCCGGCUCCAUCUUCGCCUUCGUCGCCGUCCUCAACUUCCUGUUCCUGCUGCUGCUGCGCUGGCUGGUCCCGGACCAGGGCAUGGACCGCGCCCUGGACGCCAGCGGGCCCCGGGCGCUGUGGGGGCCCCCGCAACGGGACCCGCCAGCAGAGGAGGCUGGAGAGGGGUCCCAACCGCAGAGGGACCCCUGGUCUGAUGGAGCCCCUACAGCAGAGGGACCCCUGGUCUGAUGGGGCCCCUACAGCAGAGGGACCCCUGGUCUGAUGGGGCCCCUACAGCAGAGGGACCCCUGGUCUGAUGGGGCCCCUACAGCAGAGGGACCCCUGGUCUGAUGGGGCCCCUACAGCAGAGGGACCCCUGGUCUGAUGGAGCCCCUACAGCAGAGGGACCCCUGGUCUGAUGGGGCCCCUACAGCAGAGGGACCCCUGGUCUGAUGGGGCCCCUACAGCAGAGGGACCCCUGGUCUGAUGGGGCCCCUACAGCAGAGGGACCCCUGGUCUGAUGGGGCCCCUACAGCAGAGGGACCCCUGGUCUGAUGGGGCCCCUACAGCAGUAGGACCCCUGGUCUGAUGGAGCCCCUACAGCAGAGGGACCCCUGGUCUGAUGGGGCCCCUACAGCAGAGGGACCCCUGGUCUGAUGGGGCCCCUACAGCAGAGGGACCCCUGGUCUGAUGGGGCCCCUACAGCAGAGGGACCCCUGGUCUGAUGGGGCCCCUACAGCAGUAGGACCCCUGGUCUGAUGGAGCCCCUACAGCAGAGGGACCCCUGGUCUGAUGGGGCCCCUACAGCAGUAGGACCCCUGGUCUGAUGGGGCCCCUACAGCAGAGGGACUUCGGUCGUCUUCAUGAACACUGGAUUGUUUCUAUGGAGGGACACACAAGGUCCUCCCAGAGGGGGCCCUCCGGUCUCGGGGGGGGGGGGGGGUCUCCAAGUCUCCAGGGGGCCCCUCCAGGGCCACAGGCCUUUAGGGUCUGGCAGCGUUGGACUUAUCUGCACCAAGAUGUUUAACCCCUACAGACUGGCCAGAUGUUUAACCCCUACAGACUGGCCAGAUGUUUAACCCCUACAGACUGGCCAGAUGUUUAACCCCUACAGACUGGCCAGAUGUUUAACCCCUACAGACUGGCCAGAUGUUUAACCACUAGAGACUGGCCAGAUGUUUAACCCCUACAGACUGGCCAGAUGUUGGGGCGCUGUGACCAGCGGCCGGUGAUCUCUGGCCUCCGCUCCGAGAGGGUCUGACUGCCUUCUAAGGACGCUGAUGUUUGAUUUGCACGCUAACGAUCGACGGCCCCCGGGCACACACAUGCUAAUCAGGGCCCCUUGACUCAGCGCUCUGGGGCGGAGGAACAGAUUAGAAUGCUAAUCAGGAUGUAUUUUUGUAAAUGCUUUUGGCACAGUGAAAGUAUAUUUCUAUAAAUAACAUUUC